GCAAAGGAGCUCAGCCAUUUUUGCGAAGGAACUUCACUCGCAACGCUCAAAGCAAAACCGAUUUUCUGGUUUCUCGACUCGUAAAUCAAUCAUGGCGGACGAGAAUGAGGUGAAAGAGGAGGUGGCGGAGAUUGCGCCAUUUGAUCCCACCAAAAAGAAGAAGAAGAAGAAGGUUAUUAUCCAAGAUCCUGCAGAUGAGUCAGUGGAAAGUUUGGCUGAGAAAACUGAAAACCUUUCAGUUUCUGAGGGGAUUGAGAGUUCAUUUUCUGGCUUGAAGAAGAAGAAGAAGAAGCCAGUCGAGAGUAGCAUUUUGACAGAUGAGGGUGCUGAUGCUGGGGAAGAAUUGGAAGAUCGGGUGGGGGAUGACGAAGAAGGAGAAGGAAUUGAUCUACAACCCCGCUACCCUUGGGAAGGGAGCGACCGCGAUUAUGAAUAUGAGGAGCUUCUUGGUAGGGUGUUCAACAUUCUUCGAGAGAAUAAUCCGGAGCUGGCAGGGGACAGGCGUAGGACAGUUAUGAGGCCUCCACAAGUUCUUCGAGAGGGAACAAAGAAAACUGUCUUUGUGAAUUUCAUGGAUCUCUGCAAAUCGAUGCAUCGACAGCCUGAUCAUGUCAUGACUUUCUUGUUGGCUGAAUUGGGGACAAAUGGAUCACUUGAUGGGCAGCAAAGAUUAGUUGUGAAGGGGAGAUUUGCACCCAAGAAUUUUGAAGGAAUCCUGCGACGAUAUAUCAACGAGUAUGUCAUUUGCCUUGGAUGCAAAAGUCCAGACACUAUACUUUCAAAGGAGAAUCGUCUCUUCUUUCUCAGAUGCGAGAAGUGCGGUUCCGGUCGAUCAGUUGCCCCGAUUAAAGCUGGUUUUGUUGCUCGUGUUGGUCGUAGGAACGCCGGAACUUGAUCCAUCACAUUCCCUUUCUCUUUCGGAGGCUCUCAGUGUUUUUUAGUUUGCUAGUUUUUUACUCUAUUUUCUACUCAAGCUCAUCAACUCGGCGGUUUAUUGUUCACUGAGUGUUACCAGUUUUGUUAGUUUACCUAGUAUACCAAGUUUGUUAUGAAGUUAACAAAAUGGAGAUGAAAGUUGUCUUCUUGUUUGGGUUUA